AUGUUGGGCCACAGAAAGAAAGCGGGCCCGGUGGGGAAGAACGGAGCCGGGACGUCCAGGUUAAAGGCCAUCGAUCCUCUGAGGAACCUCGGAGUCAGUGAGGAUGAAGAUGUGAAGCGGAUGUUGCAGGGCUCCAGUAUGGUGAAGGUCCGCUCACCUCGCUGGCAGAAGCGACGAACUCUAAAGCUGCUGGAAGAUGGAGUCACUGUGUGGUGUCAGUCCCAAAAAACGUCCUCCCGCGCCAAGGAGCAACAGUCAUUCUCUGUCUUGGAGGUGGAGUGCAUUCGGGAGGGUUGCCAGUCGGAGAUGUUGCGGCAGCUGGGUAAUUCGGUACCUGAGGGCCGGGGUUUGACGGUGGUCUUCAAAGGACCCCGAAAGAGCCUGGAUCUCCUCUGCCAGAGCCAGGAGGAGGCUCAACACUGGGCCCGCGGCAUCCGGAAGCUGCAAGGGAGAGUGGAGAACAUGAGCCAGAAGGACAAACUCGACCACUGGAUUCAUGCUUACCUGAGUCGGGCUGACCAGAACCACGAUGAUAAGAUGAGCUAUGAAGAAGUCCAGACUCUGCUGCAGAUGAUCAAUAUUGAUCUGAGUGAUCAAUAUGCCCGCAGCCUGUUCCAGAAAUGUGACCGGUCAGCUGACAGUCGUCUGGACCACGAGGAGAUUGAAAUUUUUUGCAGGGAGUUGUUACGGAGACCGGAGCUGGACACUGUGUUUCUCCGCUACUCUGCAAAUGACUGUGUACUUUCCACUGUGGACCUGAGGGAUUUCUUGAAGGACCAGGGGGAGGAUGCUUCACUCCUCCAUGCCCAAAGCCUCAUUCUCACAUAUGAACUAAAUGAAUGGGCUCAGAAGAACCAGUUCAUGACCCCCAAUGGUUUCACCAUGUACAUGCUGUCUAAGGAGAACUGUGUCUUAAACCCGGAACAUGCAAGGGUUUACCAAGACAUGACACACCCACUGGCUCACUACUUCAUCUCCUCCUCCCACAACACAUACCUCACCAAGGACCAGCUGACUGGGGACAGCAGCAUAGAGCCAUACAUACGAGCUCUGAAUCACGGUUGCCGCUGCGUGGAGCUGGACUGCUGGGAUGGAGAUAAAGGAGAGCCGGUCAUCUACCACGGACACACACUCACCUCCAAGAUACCGUUUGUCAAUGUCAUUGAGGUUAUCAAUGAGUACGCUUUUAAAGCAUCUCCUUACCCUCUAAUCCUGUCCCUGGAGAACCACUGCUCCGUGGAGCAGCAGACAGUCAUGGCUCAACAACUGCGAUCCAUCCUGGGAGACAAGCUCCUCACCAAGCCUCUCGGAGGUCUUGAUCCUCACAGCCUGCCCUCUCCAGAGGAUCUCAAAGGAAAGAUCCUUGUGAAGGGAAAGAAGGAGCAUGGGGCGGGGGAGGGCUCAUCCAGCACUUCAGACCUCAGCUCCUCAGAUGAGGAGGCCAGCAGGACCGAAGCCAAACACCCCUCCAAAAAAGGGGACCAGAAGCCAAGUGUGUCUAAGCUGAGUCCCGAGCUGUCAGAGCUGGUUGUAUACACCUGCAGCGUUUCCUUUCAAACCUUUGAACACGCUGCAAGAAACCCAGCAACUGAGCUGUCCUCCUUCUCUGAGAGUGACGCUACCAGACACAUUAAAGACUCAGGGAUGUAUUUUGUGCGUCACAACAGUCAUCAGCUCAGCAGGAUCUACCCCUCAGGUCAGCGCCUCCAGUCGUCCAACUACAACCCUCAGGAGAUGUGGAAUGCAGGCUGUCAGAUUGUUGCUCUGAACUUCCAGACGCCUGGUGAGCAGAUGGACCUAAACCAAGGGAGGUUCCUGCAAAACGGUCAGUGUGGAUACAUGCUGAAACCUCCCUUCAUGUGCCAGCCCGGCACCACCUUCAACCCAGAGAAUGUGGGUGGAGGUCCUGGCCACAGACCUGUGCUGCUCACUGUCCGGAUUAUUUCAGCUCAGCAGCUUCCCAAGCCAGAGUGGGACAAGCCCAGCUCCAUUGUGGACCCUCAGGUGUGGGUGGAGAUUCAUGGAGCUCCCAUCGACAACAAUAAGAAGAAGACUCCUCAUAUUGACAACAAUGGCUUUAAUCCGCAGUGGGACUGUACCUUUAACUUCACCGUCCAUGCCCCUGACCUGGCCCUGGUUCGCUUCAUGGUGGAAGACCACGACUACACGUCCAGCAAUGACUUCCUGGGGCAAUACACCCUGCCUUUCACCAGUCUCCGCACAGGCUAUCGCCACGUCCGACUGCUCAAGGUGGACGGCUCCACCCUUUCACCUGCAUCGCUCUUCGUCCACGUCACGGUCGGCCCCUGUGAGAGCAGUCCCAGCAAAUCAUCAACCAAAUCACCAGCCAGGUCACCGACCAAGACGUCAACCAAAGGACCCUAAUCCCCUCCCAAGAAGCAUGGACCAGGGAAGAGCUCAGAUCACACACUUCCUGGAUCCGGGCGAUGAAAGAUCUGGCCCCAAACUCAUCAAACUGGUUAUAAAGUAUGUAGCUGUAUCCAUAACCUGUAAUGUUGGUGAGAAGUUUCUGACCAGUAUUUUAAAUUUGUAGCGAGGACACUAAAGGCCGUUCUUACUGUUCGAUGAAAACACUGAUCGUGGUGCUGAGUUUUCUGAUCAGGUCCCAGAUCUGACUAAGGGGAGUAACAUCACUGAUGAACCAAAUGUCCAUUUUGAGUGUUGAGUGAUUUAACUUCACCUCCAGCCUCAUUCCUUUAUACA